GCUGAAUUCCGUUCGCGUGUUUUGAUAAACCAGCGUCCUUUAGGAGACGAGAAGUCCUGUAAAAUUGCUCAGCGUUCACUUUUCUUUUUGUCUCCUGGAUGUUUCAACAAUGUCCGACAUUCAGGGCCUUUCAGUCUUUCCUGUGGAGGUCCAUCAGAUUUUAGAGGGAAAAGAAGAGGUUUUGCUUGAUCAGCAGGAGAGAGACUCCAGUCGAAACCAUGAUAUUAUCAAGUCUCCAUAUGUUAAAGAUGAACCGGAGGAAUUGUUGAACAGUCAGAAUGGUGAGCAACUUCACAAACCAGAGAACGCUAAUAUCAUCAAGUUCACUUUUGUUCCUGCCCCUAUGAAGAGUGAAGAAGAGGAGGACAAACCUCAGUCUACACAUCUUCUUCAAAUAAAAACUGAACAGAUGGAAAAUGGAUGUGAUGGAGAGGACUUUGGAGAACGGAGUGCAACCACGUACCUUGAUCCAGAGAGAAUUCUACAAACAGAGACUGAGAUCAAGAGUGAGGACUCCUCUGGGAUUGAGACUGAUGACAGUGCUGAUUGGAUGGAGACAACAGAACAGCAGUCAGGUUCAAAACCAGUGGGAAAAGUAAAAAAUAAUGGUAGAAAAGGGGAUAAGAAAGCACAUCGCUGCACUGAGUGUGGGAAAAGAUUUAGGUGCAAAAGUUAUCUUAAUUAUCACAUGAAAAUUCACUCAUCAGAGAAACCCUUCAGCUGCUCAGAGUGUGGUAAAUGUUUUAAAAUCCCAAGGUCUCUCAAAGAGCAUAUGAGAGUUCACACAGAAGAGAAACCCUUCAGCUGUUCUGAAUGUGGUAGAGGAUUUUCCCGACAGAGAUAUUUGACCUCACACAUGAGAACACACUUGAAAGAGAAACCUUCUGAUUGUGGUAAAAGAGUUAACGAGGCCAGUCACAUGUUAGUUCCCACAAGACCGAAAUGUUUUACGUGCUCUGAUUGUGGUAAAAGGUUCAGCCAAAAAUGUAGCCUCAACACACACAGCAGAAUUCAUUCAGGAGAGAAACCUUAUAGCUGCUCUGAGUGUGGUAAGAAAUUUAGAUAUAAAUAUCUUGUCACAAAUCAUAUGAGAGGUCACACAGGAGAUAAACCCUUUAACUGUUCUGUGUGUGGAAAAAAAUGUAACCAGCAGUAUGAUCUUACAUGCCAUAUGAGAUGUCACACAGGAGAGAAACCCUUCAAAUGCUCUCAGUGUGGAAAAAGAUUUAGUCGCAAUGAAAAUCUGACCAGACACAUGCUUAUUCACACUAGAGAGAAACUCUCCUCCACUGAGUACAGGAAAGAAGUAAUCCCUAAAGAGCAGGUGGUGAAAAAGACCCAUGCAGUAGAAAAACGUUUUAGCUGCUCUGAGUGUGGUAAGAAAUUUGUGCAUAAAUAUGAACUUAUAAAUCAUAUGAGAAGUCACACAAAAGAGAAACCCUUCAGCUGCUCUGAAUGUGACAAAAGAUUUAGCCUUAAAUGUACUUUGACCACACACACAACCAGAAUUCACGCAAGAGAGAAACUCUUGAAAUGCUCAAAAUGUGUUAAACGGUUUGUCCGACAAGAUUCUCUGACCAAGCAUAUGUUAGUUCACACUCAACAGGAAAGAGAGACUCUUUAACUUUUCCUACCAUGUUAAAAAUUCUCUUUAAAGUCUUGUCUAGCAUUUAACAGAGCUUAGAGAUCAAUUCACUGCAAUGUUUUUACUAAAGGUUACCUUGGCCUCAUGAAUAUAUUCACAACUGGGAUGAUGGUCAGAAUCAGAGGCUCUUCAAAACCAAACUGAGGAGAAAAUGGAGUCAGAAUCAGGAGCUGAUGGAAAGGAUUGUGGAAGAUCAGAACCAGACAGGAAAUCUGAUCCAGAGAGACAUUUACAAGCAGAGACUGAGGCCUUCUCUGAAUCUGAGAUCAAAAACAGGAAUGACCAUUGUUCGGAGACCAGGGAACAUCAGUAAUGUUUAAACUCUAAGGUGUUAAAAAUAUCCCUUGACAAAAUUUUGAUGCUACACUUUUGAAACAGCACUCUGAGUCUCACAGAGAGAAACCAUCUUAACAAUACAAUACCUUAUCUUUUGAGAUGAAGUUACCACUGAUGUAAAACUUACACUGGUCUGAUUUUUUUAAGUUUUUACAGCAACAAAAUCCUUUAAUGCUCAGACUUUGAGAG